CACUUCCUGUUCGUUCAAGGUCCUGCAAGCGGUCCUACGGCGGAUUGCUUUGCAAGAUGGCGGGCGAGGUGUAUCUGUUUUGGCUUCUCCCAAUAUUGCAGGCGAUUUCGUCCUAUGGGGCAGAGCUGUCUUCAGAGGCGUGUCGAGAGCUGGGCUUCUCCAGCAACCUCCUUUGCAGUUCCUGUGACCUUCUGGGGCAAUUCAGCCUGUCCCAGCUGGACCCUUUCUGCAGACAGUGCUGUCAGGAAGAGGCGCAGUUAGAAACCAGAAAGCACUAUGCUGGUGCUAUCCUGGAAGUCUGUGGAUGAAAACUGGGGAGGUUCCCUCAGGUCCAGGCUUUUGUCAGGAGUGACAAGCCUAAAAUGUUCAAGGGCCUUCAAAUAAAGUACGUUCGAGGCUCCGACCCUGUACUGAAGCUCCUGGACGACAAUGGGAACAUCGCUGAAGAGCUCAGCAUCCUCAAGUGGAACACAGACAGCGUAGAAGAAUUCCUCAGUGAAAAGUUAGACCGUAUAUAGAUCACAGUGUCAUUCAUAACCAAAGUGUAGCACGUAGUUUCUUGCACUAGUCAAAAAUUAUUUGGGACACUGAAGUUCUCUGUGUGAAGGAUUAAAAUUGUAGUAAGUGAUACAAAAAAUGUUAAAGAUGCAGCAUUGUCCCCUUUGGUUUUUGAUUAGUGUACUGUGGGCUUUCUCCACAUAUUUUUCUCAGUGAAAUGAUGUGGCCGGGAGACGACCUCAUCUGCCUGCCAUUUAUAGAACAAUUGGAAGAACUAGUUGUCAGAAUUCCUUUUUAGUGACAGAAUAAUUGGCCUUGGUGACCCCAGAAAGGGAAGCUGAUCUCUUGCACAAGAGCGGCUGUGUACUCCUUGAUUUUCUUUUUUUCCGUUUUGUAAUUGCUGUUUAUUGUCGUAUGGAGUUGCUCUGUGCGGUUCUUUGAAGAAGGGGGGCGGUGCUGUGGCUGCUGGGAGAGCCGCAGGGGUCAGGGGUCAGGGGUUGCUGCCCGCGCUGUGUGCGGUGGCGUGUCGGGGUGGUGCGCGUGGGUGAGGGCUGCGCAGUAAACCAGUGCUGGCGUGCGUGGCCUGAUGUGUGUGCGUGGUGUCCCGAGCGCUCGGCAGCGGUGUGUGCGCAACCCCUGAGAGAGAAGGAAGUGAAAGAUGGAAUAAAAAAUACAAAUGUUA